CAUGCCUGUCCGUGCGUAGCCAACGCUUGGUGCAAAGCGUCGAAGCCGAAGCCACCGAAGGUCGAAGUCCUAGAUGGCGCUUGAUUGCUAAACGCGCUAAACGCGUCAUUUUUUAUUUCUUCUCAAUAUCUAUGCUACAAACGAACUGUAGAAAACAAUAUGGCCGCACCAAAUAAACAGUUUUUUGUUUACGACCGCCGAAAAAGCAAUACACCGGAGUCUGUGAUUGCCGUGGGGCCGAAGGAUGACUACCUGGAUCUAAGGACACGGGUCAUGAAGCACUAUGGAAUCGUCUCCGCGGAGUCGUUCGUUAUCUGCACAACAAACAGGGAAGAGAUUAACAAGGCCACUUACGAAAAACUUGAAGGAGGUGAAACCCUGUAUGUGCUCAAGAACAUUGACCAGGAGCUCACAGGCCAGACAUUUCAGAAGGUGGAGUACCUGCCGCACUAUGACACAAUCAUCAAAUCGGGCAUGUACGAGUACUAUGCUUCUGAGGGCCAUAAUCCACUACCGUAUGCAUUUGCAGAGCUCAUUGACAAUUCCUUGGCAGCUACCAAGAAUAAUGCUGGCAGCCGGAAAAUUGAGCUGAAACUGUACCUGGAUGACAGCUCGCAACAGGAGAAGAGCACCAUCCUUGUGUUGGACAAUGGUUGUGGCAUGACCUCCUGGCAGCUCAACAACUGGGCCAUCUACCGACUGUCCAAAUUCAUUCGCAAGGACAAGGCACUGCAGCUUUCAGAAGACAGUAGCUCUAAAGAUGGCACUCAGCACAAGCCCCGGUUUCUCAACAGUGAGAUCUCCUACUUUGGUGCUGGGGGCAAGCAGGCUAUUUUCUUCAUCGGCAACUCAACCAGAAUGAUUACCAAGCCACAGGGUUCCAAGGAUGUGCAUGAGCUGGUCAUCUCUAAAGAUGAGUUUGAGCGGCGGGAAAAAGAAAAAGGCCUCAUCUACUCGGGCAACAUACUGAACAGAAAGCCUGGGGAUGCCAGCCACGUGAGUGCAGAGGAGGAGGGCCUGCAGGAAGUCAUUGCAGAUGAAGUGAACAAGGAUCAGUUUACCUGUGUGGUCAUCUGGGGCAUCUCAAGCGAGCAUGUCCAGUUCCUCAAGCACAACUUCAACACCUGGUGCUCUCAGCUGGCACAUAUCUAUCACUACUACUUGCAUGGUCCAAGUGGAAAUGUUGCCCCUGAUGAGGCUAGCGGCCGUGCACCAUCUCCAUACCGGCACAUCGACAUUGAGGUGAGCUUGAUCAUGAAGAGUGGGCAGCACAAGGUGGCCAACCUACGAGACAUUGAUACGGAUUCUGAGACACUGCUAAUCCGCAGUACCUCAGACCGGUUUGACUUCAAAGCAACUGUGGAUGGCACACGCGUGGUGGAAGGGCAGCUGCGCUACCACCCAUUUCUCUAUGAUCAUGAGAGCUAUCCAUCGGAGCACAAUGACCAUAGAGACGGUGAUGACGAGGAUGAACUGAUGACCAACAGCAUCAAGCCAGCCCGAGGUCAGCGACCUAUCUUUGAAUGCUUCUGGAAUGGGCGACUCAUUCCUUAUACCACCAUUGAGGAGUUCGACUGGUGCAGCCCUCCCAAGAAAGCAAGAAACAUUCCCCUUGAAUGCUUCAACAGGAUCUCGGGUGUUCUCUGGACAGAUGACGCAUUCCAAGUGAGCACUAACAAGCUUACUUUCAUGGACCUGGAAAACAAGCUGCGGGAAAAGAACACCAUAUUUGCUCGGGUUGUUAAUGGCCAGGCGGUGCGUGCCAGCAUUGAGAAGCACUUCCUGGAAUGGCUCCAGUCGUGCCAUGAGCACAGUGACAAGCAGAUCAUGUUUGAGUCAUUCCAGGAGACAAUCAGCCGGAGGGACACUCAGAAAUAUAAGCAGUACCCCUGGGCUGUGUUCAACACCAUUGAAUGGGAUGGCAAGCGCUUCAAAAAAGGACAGCUGAUUCGGACACAACGAACAAAUCCAAUUAUUAUUGGCUCCAUCCGGAGGUUCCUGCUGUAUGGCGACUACACUGAAAGCGUCUGCGCAACAGGAGGGGAAGUGGAGAUUCAGCAGGAACCAAGAUCACUGUAUGAUGAGGUGAAGAUCUUCCCGCUAGCGAAGCUGGAUCGCAAGGUCACAGAUUCCAUGCUGCAGAAGAUAAUUGACGAGGAAGAAGGCAGGUUGCCUUCAAAGCUGUAUGUGACGUGGCCUGAAGGAGAUCAGCUUUACCCAAACGAGAAGCGGCCAGCUGGAAAGGCUAUAGGUGACAUCAAGGUAGAAAUUCAGAACAAGAAAGGGGAGAAUGUCAGCAAGCUGCCUGGAGCUCAAAACAAGCGCCUUUCUGUCGAGAUGAAAAUCGUCUGGCACUCUGCAUCGGGUGAUAAGGUGGUUGCACAGUACGUCUCUCCCCACAACAAGAACUGGGGCUACUGGUUUCGCAGAAUGGAGAACAUCCAGAAUUUGGGUGCCCACACACUUACCCUUCAAGCCAUGUUGAGUGACUCCUCCACAGCAAUGACGUCUGGCAAGGAGCUGCCGUCGUUCAAGAUUCGUUUCACAGUGAUCGAGGCUGCGCCAGACAAGUUCAACGUAGGUUACCUGGAGGGGCCAUUUCGUGUUGGCACACCUUUCCAGAUUCCUCUAGACUUUCUUGACAAAUAUGGGAACUCAACCAAGCCAUCUUCGGACCUUAAACCGGAGCUCAAGGCCAAUGGCCUGGAAUUGUCCUAUGACGGUGUCCAAGCCAAAGGCAACUCUCUGAUUAUCAAGGGCAUUGUAGCCAGGGGGAUUGUGGAGUCAAACUCUGGAAAGAGCUUCAACUUGACUGUGAAAAUUCCUGGCCUUGACGAGAACACACAGACCCUCAAGAUCCGUUUACUGCCUGGGCCAGCACAUGAACUGCAAGUUCUGCCUGAAGUUGAAGACCAACUGUCAUUUGAAAAUGGUUCUGCACCAGCUUUUGACCUAGCUGUGCUUGAUAUGGCAGGAAACUACACCUGCGAACCCAAGUUUGUCGUAAUUUGCAAGUUUCAUGCACCUCGUCAGACUGGCCUGCCAACCUACACCGUGGACCUAUCGAACAGCUGUAAGGGCACCAUCACGGGCCCUUCUCUUACGCUGCGCCAGGUGCAAAAGGAAGAGAAGGUCACUGCCAGGUUUGAAGUUCAGAACAAUAAGAACAUCGCACAUGUGGAGCGUGUGCUGACGCUGCUUCCAAGCCAUCAGGCAGCUGCACUGUACCUGUCUUGCACUGGAGAAGAUGGGGAUGAAAUUGAACUUGAGAAUGGCCGAGAUCUUCCGUGGGUGGCCGGGGAGACAAUUACAGGCCUUAGGUUUGAGGUGCGUGAUGAGAUAGGCAAGCCCAUAACGCUGACAGGCAGUCUUGUCUCCAAGCUCAAGCUGAACUGGGCAUCUGACGUCCCAAAGGACCAAGUCCUGGCGGGGCGGCUACCAGACAUCAUCUGCCCGUCAUCCGUGAAGCAAUCCCUUUUUUGUCACAUGUCCAUCAACUCUGGUCGUGCUGUGGACUUUGCCUUUAACGUGAAGCCAAAGAAUGGUGAGCCUGCCAUCCUGAAGGUGUCAUGUAAAGGGACAACCGAUGUACGCAUUGGUGAAGUCCACCAGUCUGACAUCCUCAUCAGUCUCACCGACAAGUACCAGAACUCAAUCAGAAAGUUGCAUGUGAAAGAUCUUGCUGAGCUUCUCAUCAUAGCUGAUGGCAUAGACUAUGGGGAUGUGGUGAAGUCCUUAGACCAGAAUUGUGGCUUUCAUGUGAAAGGCCUGAAGUUUAUGGACAGCAGCCUUGGUUGCAAAGAAGUUUGCUUCCAGUGGCGAGGGCUCAAAGACUACCUGCGGCUCAACCUGGUACCUGGGCCUCCAGCCAGCCUUGCUUACACAAACUACAACCCUGCGGAGCCCGUGACAGUGACGCCGGAUGGGAAGAUCCCCAAGCCGCUGGUGGUGCAGCUGCAGGAUGCCAGGGGCAAUCCUUCCGCGGAGGCCAACAUUAAGAUCAUCCUGGGCACAGAUGAGGCUAUCAAGGCAAUACCUCCUCAGCAGCCAGUGAAGACGGACUCCAAGGGGAAGGCUUCCUUCGGCAUCCUCACACUUGCCCUUAAGACCCCGGUCGCUCCUAAGCCAUGUGAGUUUAACAUCUGCUCAACCAACUGCCGAGGCCUCUUCACGCUGGGCACAAAGGCAACCAUUGGCCGGACGAUCAUCAAUGGCCCUGUUCUGAAGCUGCAUUUGACCUGUGACCCAGAGAAGCCAGUAGAGCUGAUAGUGGACUACAAAGGAAAAAAGACCUACACUGUGGCCGAGGAGUUGCCAGAGACAACUGUGCACGUGGUCGCAGAAGAUGGCAAUGUAAUGUGCUCUGUGCUUGGUAAACAACUGAGCAUGAAAUUGACUCGUAUAGACUGUGCCCCAAAGAACCACCAAAAGAUAUUUACAGUAGCUCCAGCUGAAAGCACAUCUUCCAAUGGCUUUUACCACUUCAGGAAAGUGAGGGUGCCGGAGAAGUCGGGAGAAUAUAACAUGCAGUUCCAUUUCAACAAUGGCAAGCAUGCCAUCAGCAGUACGAUUGUUUCUCUUACAGUCGUGCCUGAUAGUCCUGUGAAGCUGGCACCCCAACAAGACCCCAUUAUACCUUCUGUGUCAAACCAAUCCAAGUCCUCCUGUCGGAACCUGCUCAAGUACCUCAAAUUGGACCUAACUGACCGAUUUGGCAACAACACAGCCAUGAACAUGACAGGCGUGCUGACGCUGCAGGUGAUCUCCCCUGACGCAUCUGUGAAAGAAGUCCCAUACUUUGAAGGAAAUGUGAACCAGUACCAAGUGCCUAUCAGCAAAGGAUGUGCAGUGGUGCAAAACCUGCAGAUCCAAGAGAACACUGAGGGAGUGGAUGGCUUCCAGUACAUUCUGCGAUUUACACCCAAGCUGCACAACAAGAUGGCCCUUCCCAAUUAUGAAGUGCCAUUCCUUUUCUACAAUGAUGCAUCAAAGCAAGAAGAGAUGGUGAAAUUGACCAAAAAGAGGACAGAGCUGCUGAAGCAGCUGCAGACUUUUGAGGACCUGUUCCAGACAACUGAGAACAUCUACAUUGAACUUGAAGCUGUAAUACGUGACGCCCAGACAGAAGAAUCAAAAUACAGAGGUGAACUAAGGAGGAUAGGCUUCAACAGCAAUUUUAUCAAGGAGGAGCAGCAUGUCGGCCCUGCACUAAAGAUCUGCGAGCAGCAGAAGCAGGCAUUGGACAAUAAGAACAGGCGUGCUUACCUGCCUUCACCCUACCCUGAUGAGCCUGGUGUACUUGGAAAGAUUGGCCAUCUUGCUUGGGUGGAAGAGGAUGAUGUGUCUGCUGUCCUGUCCUGGCACAUGAGAGGGGACAUCGAUGUUGUUGUCACUGAGACCAUGGACAAGGCAAAGGACAUAUAUCGCAAAACAAAUGGAAAGCAACAGGUCAUCGCUCUGGACUCAAUCUUUAAGAGGAAUACAGCAAAGGCCCUGCCGCACCUGAGGAACAAGUCGUUCACUCCAACAGGAAAUCCCAAGUUUGCAUUAGAUUACUUCAUCUUUCGUAAAGACCCUGAAGUUUGUCGAACAGUGUUUGCCAACUUCAUUGGGGAGACCAUUGUCUUAGACACCUUGGAUGAUGCUACUAAGUAUAGGACAGAGGUGACGAAGUUCAGUGCCUGCCCAACCUUGCUGGCCAAGACGGGUGAGCGCAUUGCCAGCACGGGUAAGUUCGGUGGUCACCAGAACCGAGCACCCCCCCUUGCCCAGCUGCAAGGCAGUGUGUUUGGUGAGCCCCCCAUGAAAGACCUUGACCGAGUUCAGGACCAAAUCCAGCUCCUGAAGAAGCUUAGCGUGGCCAUGAAGAAACAGCGAGAUGCCCGGACAGAACUGGAGAAGCAAAAGCAGAAGGACACCACCUUUGUGAUGAAGAAAAAGGACUAUGAGCAACUCAAGAAGGAGCUGGCAGGGGUUGACGAGGCUGUUGCGCGCCUCCAGUCUUCAGGUCAGGAUGAUGACCGACUAGCUGUGCCUGUGCAAGACCUGGUGAGAAAUUCACCCAGGCGCCAGUCCCUCCCAGCUGCAUCGAUCAGCAGGUACCCCCCAGCUUCACCAAAAACACCCAACGAUGGCAGUGUGAAUGGCGUUUCUCGAAGGGGACGUGCACCUCCUCCCACACCUGCCACUGCACCUGUGGAGAGAAAACGCAGGAGGAUCACGUGAUACACUUUGGGCUCACAUCAUCAUUCCAUGCGCUGUGACUUAGCCUGCUGUAGGAUACCUCAGAUCACUUGGGCGUCAUUUGUAUUCACACUGAACAGGCUCCCUUCCGGGCCUAUUUUAUUUUUCUCUGCAUUUUUCUUAUUGCUUUAUAUGGAAUGCAUUGCAGACUCAUUUUCUACCUGCUACAACUGUUUGCACUGUCAUCAUUAGUUAUUGCUGCCCACUACUGUUCUCUUUUAAUGUUGCCAACAGAUGUGUUGGUUCCCCUCGUGUUUGUUCACAGUGAAAAAAAAUUUAGAUGUUAAGUUUAGUUGAGAAUGGAAAUAUAUGAGGCAAGCAAGGUGUAGUAUGUGUACAUAUAUAUAGAGAGUACAAAGCUGCCCGUGUCUAGUUGAAAGCUAUUGUUUGUUGCUUGUGACGGGGAGAAAAGCCUUGUUUUUUUUUGUCAGUCACUUCCGGCUUUUUCGUCAGUAUCAUGUUUCUCUAGAGACCAUGUAGGACUUUUUACAUUUGCUUGGGAUUCAGAGCUGGUGUUGACAUAACUGGCCUAUGAAUAGAGUGAGUCACUGUUUUGUCAAGUGCAGGCUGUCAUCACUAGCAGUUACACGUGUAUGUAUCCCACUGCUGGCCCAAGUUCCACGCAACAAGUUCAUGUUUCUGAAUUCUUUUGCUCACAUUUUUUUUUACCACCUUAUCAUUUCUUGCAUUGCGUUGUGUUUGUUCCUUAUACCUUUCAUUUCUUUCCUUUUCUCCAUUUUGAUAGCACAUUAUCAUUGGCACAGAAAUCUGUAUCGUGCUCUGUGUAUCAGACAUUUUCAACCUGUGCUAGCCUGUCAAACAUGCUGACAGCGCAGACUUCAGCCCCUUGAUGUUCAGUGCGACUGAAAAUAAUUGCUUCAUCUGUCACAUUUCCCUACUUGAUCAUACACAGUUCUUUGUGUACUUUUGCUUGUUUUUACAUUCUUGUGUCGUUCUGCUACGUAUUUCAAGAUUAGGAUUUCGAAGGAGCACUCUCUGUAAGUUGAUGAACUGCUGUGCUUUGGUGAGAUGUUAGCUAGAACAUUGUCAGAUGCGUAACACCCAGAAAUUAAAAAGUUGUUCUGCUCCGCAUCGAAAGUCUUCAGGAAACAGAUAUAAGUGCUGUGCAAGCACAUUGAACCAAAAGAAAUAACAAAUUUGCGUUUUUGUAGAUCCAAUAAAUGUUUCUUAAGAGCUUGUAUUAUUACAUUAAUUGGAAUAAUGAACUCUUGAGGCAAAAUGUAUCUGUGGCAGUGUCACUAUAGCAUGCUCUUGGGUGUGUUUUGCCGAAUAUAAUGAAUUGAUUUUACUAGCGUAAGUAAAGCUUUUAAAACAGAUGAAUGUCAUGAUUCACUGUAAAUCUAUGGGCAAGCAGUUAGCUGAAGUGUUCAGUCUUGAACAAUUGUAAAUAAGUCAUGUCAUUCUUAUAAAUUUGUUUGAAACAUUUUAUCCCAAUCUAGUUGCAAAAUUUUCAGGGAAGUUGCCUUGGUGGAAGUGUUUAUUGUUGCGUGGUGAGUUGAUCCCAGCCACAUAAUGCUGUUAACCCACCUGUGUCUGCUACCUGGGAGGUGUCCUGUUACACUGCUGGUUGUACCACACUUUAUUUCACUGCAAAGUCGUUUGCAUGACACAGUCAUUUCAUGUUGAGGCCAUUCAUCUCCUACAGCCUACCUAUGUUUUAUGAUGACAAAGCUGGAGGCACCUUUUGCUUUUCUGACAAUAAAAUGCUAAUUCAGAAGCCUAA